GUCGGCAUGGCGAUUAGCGUGAUUCAGCUAGCAGUGUGCCUACUAGCGUCAACACGUCAGCUGCGAGCGUCUCAAAUCGUUAGUCUCGGUUCCAGACGGUGUCGGUCUUCGCCCUGCUUGGCUGUGUCAGCACUGUACUCCACAGCGUAUGGAGCACGAGCGCGGUAAACAAGGUGCCUGCCGUGCAAAACGACUUUGUUCUAGUUAUGUAAUGUGCCAAGUAAAUCGCACUCCCCUACUACCGUCCAAGGGCAAAAAGAGACUUGGGCGCUAUUCGGUGACAUGUAACUUGUGCAAGCAGGUCGGCCCGCCGCCUGCUUAAAUGUUAUACUAACCAGAGGGCAACAGUACUGAAGAUCUGCUCCUCAGUCUUCGGGCAGUACAUGUUCUGAUUGUCUAGACUCAGUCUGACCGACAGGAUGCGGUUGAUCAAUGUAGAGACCUUCCUUGAAAGGGAGAGAGAAUUUCGCUCAGGAAUUUUCAACCCUGAAAUCGAGGUUCUGCAGGAGCUCGAUGAUGCAAGCGCAGGUUACGCCAUAUUGUCACAUCGCUGGACCAUUGAGCUGAACUUCAAAGAGAUGGUGAAGCUCAGGAGGAUGGAAAACAGAGAUGAAAUUCGACAACGAGAUGGUUAUCAGAAGAUCCUGAAGAGCUGCGAGCAGGCCACAAAAGACGGCUUCAAAUGGCUCCGGGUCGAUACGUGUUGUAUCGACGAGCGAAGCAGUUCAGAACUGUCCGAGGCCAUAAAUUUGAUGUUCCGGUGGUACGAGAACGCGAAACGAUGCUGUGCUUACCUCCAUGAUGUUAACGACUCCCUCCUCCCCCGCGGACGCGACGAUGUCAUAUUUUGCAAUUCCAGCGGCUGGCUAGAAUGGUUCUCGCGGGGCUGGACGCUGCAGGAGUUGAUAGCCCCGAGAGACCUCCAGUUCUUUGAUAAGGAUUGGGCACCUAUCGGGGAUAAACGCAGCUUGUCUUGCAAACUCGAGGAAAUUACCCGGGUUCCUAGGUCGGUUCUGGUGGAUGGCUUAUCUUCAUAUUGUCCCAGCACUGCCCAAGUGAUGUCGUGGGCUGCAGAUAGGGAGACAACGCGAAUCGAGGAUCGAGCAUACUCGCUGAUGGGUCUGUUGGACGUUAACAUGCCGAUGUUGUAUGGGGAGGGGAAGAAAGCAUUCCAGCGUCUUCAACUAGAGGUGAUCCGCACGUCCAACGACCAGACCCUCUUUGCGUGGAAGCCAGCGGGAAAACUGGCGCGGACCAGUGGCGUCCUAGCUGACGACCCGAGUGCUUUCUGGGAUUUCCAUGACAUCUUCAAGUUGGAGCCAGAGGAGUUUUUCUCAGCGCUCUCCUCUUUGUGGGACGUGGAUGCCGAAGGAGCUCUUGCCACCCGAGACGGCCAAGCAGAUCCCGGGUUCACCGUCACCAACGCAGGGAUCCAGAUACGGCUUCCUGUUGUACGCUAUUACGGGUGUCCAUCAGUCUUUCAAGCAGCGUUGGCGUGCUACAAAAAUGAUGCUCUGGUCCCAAUCACCAUUCGAUUGGCAGCCUUUAGGUCCAAUUACUACAGGUACUUUGGCCCAACUGGGGAGCGACAACCACUCUUGGAGUACCAAUUACUUCAUCUCGCUUAUCGCUACAAGGUAUAUCACGACUUCACAUUCAAAAUCGACGAUAGGUCCGUUCCCUACUGCGGUUUCACUCGUCGCGCUGUCUACCCGAAGGACGUGACCUUCACAGACAAUCUUGUCAGGUUAUCAACCAUUGACCCUCUCGUUGUUGUACUGUGUUCCAACAGAAAGACCAACACUUAUUUUGCAGUUGUGUAUGGUCACUGCUUCGGCCAGGGCUGGGUGCAUAUCGUUUCUGAUGAACGAGAAGCUUGGUCUUCUUGGGAGUCCUACGCCUGGAAGGUGUAUGAUCGCAUGCGCAAAGCGAACGCUGUUUACGCCCAUCGUAUGGCUGAAGUAUGCUUUGGCCGGGGACGCAAGCUAUUCUACAGCAGACACUGGCAUAUCCCUAAUUCUAUACUGGCUGUGGAAGUUGUCUGUGGCAGAUGGGGCAAGUCAGUUGGUUUCAAAGUCGACGUUGAUGUUGUGCAAUGUGUCAGCUGUCGCUGGGACAGGUUCGGAUGGAGAGUGGCCUGUAGAAUCACCGAUGGACGUGAUACACCUGGCCUUAUGGCACGAACCGACUGGCCAUGGACCGUUGAUCAUCGCCGUUUGUUGGUAGAUGGGACUCCAGCAGCAUUUUAUGCUGCCAAUGCGUGGAAUGGGAUCAAGUUAGGCGAUUAUGGUUACAGUAACCCCAGAGGGUAUAUCGAACAUCGAGGUAACAUCUUCGAAGAUCUGAGGUUGCUCAAUCCAGAGCUGGAAUUGAUCCUGAAGACCAAGAUCUUGGACCUGUUGUGCACGAAGUCGGCAGUGAACGCAGCACCAACAUUACGGGUGGUGAUGUGCCGACUAUAUUCAUCUCCGACAAUGGUCAGCGACCUUUUCAAGCGGAUCCUGCGCUCGUUCUGCGUGCACCGGUUGGCCUUUCGCUUCCAAACACUCGGUCUGCUGUCUCUUUACUGAAGUCCUCAGCUGUCUUUGCGACCAAUAAUACUUGUGAAGAAAAGCUCAAGACGGAGAUUUCGCAGUUCCCAAUCUGGAGGAACCGCUUGCAAUCUCAUCCGCGGCCAGUAACGCCAUUAUACAACAUCGGGUACCCCUGCGUUUGGUCUCAAGCGCGUUUCUGUGCCUGCGGGAGCUCAAACCCGGAAUUUGAAGAGAUCAGGAACCAUUUCAACUCGAUAGCUG